AUGAAAACAAUGCCAAGAAUAUUACUGUUAUUGUUCAGUUUAUCGGUGAUGACCAUGAUAUUUAUAGCUCGUUGUGGUCUGUAUAUGGACGGCUACCUCUCUCGUACUCCCAAUGGUUUGCCCACUGUCAGCGACAAGGUUGAUGUCAAGCGCCAGGUCCGUGAUGUGCUUCAAGAAAAGGAGUCUCAACAUUCUAAAGUGGUCCAAUCUCUUCAGAAACAGAUAGAUAAUUUAGAGAACAGACUGCGAGAAGCUCAAGUGACAGAAGUUGAAAUCCAAACAUAUCACAUCAUGCCAAAAAACUUGUCGGAUUUUUCUCAGUUUUUCAAUGAACAGUUGCAGGCAGCUGAAAUUCUACAAGGUAUGCCAUUGAAAACGGAAUAUGAUGUUGUGUCUUUUAAUAGAUUUACAUUAAACCGCGUGUACCUGGUUGAUCCAGGUUUAGGAAAACGUGUGAUUGAGAAGCCAAUAGGAUAUAAGAAAAAAGAUUUAUUAGAAAUAAUAACACAUGCUAUGAACAAACUAAACGAAAACAGAACAGGACCAUAUAUUAAGUUAUAUACAAUGGAGGAUUUUUUAGAAGGUCUGUAUAGAAUUGAACCAACAACUGGAACCCAUUAUGAAUUAUAUUUUCAAGAUAUAGAUUCAUCUGUGGCUUAUUCUUAUAAAAAAGUGAUAUUAAUGAGACCGUUUGGUCCACCAAUGUUGGUCAGUAAAAAUAAAGUGACUACUGAUCAAGCUUGGAUUAAUUUGAUUCUACCAUUAUCUGGAAGGAUCGAGACAUUUCGUUUAUUUAUGGAGAGAUUUGUCAGUGUAUGUAUUAAACAAGAUAAAAGAGUAUAUUUAACCGUGGUUUAUUUUGGUACAGAUGGUCUACAGGAAGUUAAGAAUAUCAUGUCCGCUAUCGCUAAACACAACAAAUUCAAACAUAUGAAACUAGUUACGUUAAAUGAGAAAUUUGCCAGAGGCCGAGGACUGCAAAUAGGUGCAUUAAAUUGGAAAAGUGGUGAUGCCAUGUUAUUUUUAUGUGAUGUGGAUAUCGUAUUUAAUGGUGAAUUUCUGGAACGGUGCCGGUUAAAUACAGAACGUGGAAGAAGAGUCUAUUAUCCUAUAGUAUUUAGUUUAUAUAAUCCCAAUGUGGUUUAUUCUCUACAAGAUAUCACCAUUCCUAAUUUAAAAGAUCAACUAGUCAUAUCUAAAGAUACAGGAUUCUGGAGAGAUUUUGGUUAUGGAAUGACCUGUCAGUAUCGCUCAGAUUUUCUUAAGAUCAAAGGUUUUGAUGAACAUAUCACAGGAUGGGGUGGGGAAGAUGUAUUUUUAUAUCAAAAAUAUGUCAGAAGUGACUAUUUGGUUGUAAGAGCAACAGAUCCUGGUAUAUUUCAUUUAUGGCAUGAAAAAUACUGUGACCCCAAUCUAACCCCAGAACAAUAUAGAAGUUGUAUUAGAUCUAAAGCUUUAAAUGAAGCCUCUCAUGCUCAGUUAGGUUUAUUAGCAUUUAAAGAUGAAGUUGAUAUUCAUAGAAGUUUUGUCAAAAAAAGUCAUGAAAAAUAUUAG